AAAGAUAUCCAUACAGUCUUGACAGGGAUUUAACAGAAUCCCUAAUGUAUGUUUUACUUGGUACUUUAUAUUUCUUCUUUCUUAAAUAAGUUGAAAUUAUGCAUACUUCAUACAUGAAAAGGGAGGCCCAGGGUUUCUAAAUGUGACAAAGAGCAGUCUUUCUGAAAGGGUAAAAAACAUUUUGAACCAUGUCUACACAUCGUGUUCCAGUGCAGCAUUUAAAUGUUUGAAAUAACCCACUACUUGAGUCUAUAUUAAGAUACUGUCAAGUGAUAAAUGCAACCAGGAAGGAAAAAAAAGCUUUACCAUUGAAUAUUGAGCACUCCCCUCCAGCAUACCUGUUAGGGGGGAGUCCUCAUGCCCAGUAACCCUCAGAUAAGAUUCAGGACAAUUUUGCCCUUUGACUUCCUCCUCCUUUCUCCCUAUUCUAGCUAACCUCUCAGAAUCCACUUGCUACUCCUAGAAAUAACAGGAGAACCUACAAUUUUCUGUCCUGCGUGGGAAUAUGGAGUAGGGAAAAGCCAGUCAGUGUUAAACAUCAGUGUGUAUCUAGGUCACUUUCCUGCUAAUAUUGACCCGUUUGUUGUGCAUUCUUGUGAAUGUAAGUGUGGGCAUUGGGGCUCAGAUGGAAAGGGAUCCUUGCACUUGGGAGCCAAAGACUACUGAGAGUUACAGCUUGGAUGGAACAGUAUUCUGACAGUCGGGCGCCAACUACUACCACAGGUCACAGUAGGCACAGCAGCUUACAGCCCUGCUCCAGGGAAAGGCUUCCCCCAGUGUAACAGCCCUGCUCCAUCAGGGGAGGGUUUCCCAGGGAAGAGUGUUUCUUCGGUUCUCCCUUUUUCCCUAUAUUGACAGUCCACCAUAAGAAUCUUGUGAGUGAAUGAUAAAUACUUGACUGUAUUUGCUCCGUGUUAGAAAUUGUACAAAGUACUUUCUAGUGCACCCACCUCAGAACUUUAUUUUUUAAUAAGGAAAGCAGGGACUGUGAACGUCACCUAUGAUUGAAUAGAAGGACCUCAGCUAUGAAUGCAGAGUUCAUGCUCUCCCUGAAGCCUGUGUUUUAAUAUGAAACAUUGCUGCUCUGGGGCUGUAUACAAUACACAAGGUUAGCAUGUGUUGAUUCGGACUAUUAGUCAUCUGUGUGAAUAAAGGACAAACUAUUAUUUCUGCUUAAGUGGUUAAGCUAUUGGGAUGUCUUCCAUACCCGAACGCAGGGAAGAGAGCAUACCCCAGCGGAAGAGAGCAUAAAAAUGGCGCUGGCCAAACUCUCCGCAUCCAUCCUGCAUCCUAAAGCCGUGUGCGUGAAGGCAAGGAGAGCAGUGAGUAUGGAUGGGCCCUGUAUGCAUAAAAGCCAGGACAGGGACAGUCCCCAAGUCCCUCCAUCCCAGCCCCUCAGGUUGCAGACCUAGGGGGCGUGGUCAGGGACGCCGACCAUAGGGCGUGACUCAGGACGGCGCCCGGAGACCCCGCCUCCACCUCGGCCUCCGCCCCCGCCCGCCGGGCUGGCUUCACCCUUACCGCAGAGCUCGGUGGCUCGUCCGCCAAUCCACGCAAGCGGUGCGGCUGUAUUUCCGGCUUCCUCUCCGCCUCUUCCGGCCCCCGCCCUCCUGCGGUCCUGACCUUCGCCCUCUGCUGAGCCGAAGGGGUUCACAAGAUCCUGGAUGCAUGGCAUCUCUGGGGUCUGUGACCGCGGCGCUGCGGGUGACUGAGGUGCUGGAAGCCAUCGCCAGCCGCUGCGUGGGGCCCGAGGGCGGGCAAGUGUUGUGUACGAAGCCCACCGGCGAGGUGCUGCUGAGCCGGGAUGGAGGCCGCCUCCUGGAGGCGCUGCACGUAGAGCAUCCCUUAGCCAGGAUGAUAGUAUCAUGUGUUUCCAGUCACCUUAAAAAAACAGGAGAUGGUGCUAAAACGUUUAUUAUUUUUCUUUGCCAUUUACUCAGAGGACUUCAUGCAAUCAGAGAAAAAGAUUCAUUCACUUCUGAAAAUACUCAGACCCACCAAAGGCACUGGAAAAACUGUUGCCAGUGGAAAUGUAUUUCCCAGGCCCUGCUGACGUUUCAGACACAAAUACUAGAUUGUAUUGUGGAUCAGUUUUUAAGCAGGCACUAUCUGUCUGUCUUUUCUUCGUCUGCUAAAGGAUGGACAGUGUGCAGGCGCUCUGUAGAGUCACUCCUGGAAGCAUACUUUUGUGGACGAGUGGGAAGAAACAAUUGCAGGUUUAUCUCACAGUUGAUGUGUGACUACGUUUUCAAGUGCAUGGAUCAUGAAAGUGUGGUUGAAGGAUUGGAGUUGGUGGACAACUGUUUUCUCGAGUUGAAUGUUGGCGUGACAGGCCUUCCUGUUUCGGAUUCUAGAAUUGUGGAUGGCCUUGUGCUUCACCGAGACUUCUCUGUUUAUUGUCCAGCAGAUGGGGACAUAAAGAUGGUGAUGGUGACAGAGGUUCUCCAGCCUCCGUUUUCAUCGUCCAAAUCGGAGUUUGUUCUAGACUCAGAAGCGCAGUUUCAGGCAUCUCAGUGUUGGAUCGUGGAAAGGACAAAAGCAGUCAUGAAACAUUUGCAGAGUCAGAACAUUAAACUGCUCCUGUCCAGCGUGAAGCAGCCAGACCUAGUUAGUUACUGUGCGAGACUCCAUAGCAUUUCGGUGGUGGAGUGUUUAUCAUCUGAAGAGGUUUCUCUUGUCCAGAGGAUCACUGGCCUUCUUCCUUGUGUUUUACCACAGGUCCCUUCACAGGGCGAAAUUUCUGAUACGACUUUGGUGAAGUUUUGUAAACCCCUCAUCCUGAGAUCCAAAAGGUAUGUUCAUCUUGGCUUGGUUAGCACAUGUGCGUUUAUACCUCACUGUGUGGUCCUUUGUGCACCGGUUCUGGGUCUCGUUCAGCAACAUGAGAGUGCUUUCCGUGGAGCGUUUAAGAUGCUGCAACAGUUAUUUACUGACUUGGACCUAAAUUACAUCAUACAAACCAACGCCCAGCGUGACUCAAGUCCUCUUGCUUGUAACAACAGCAGAGAAUGCAGUCGCCCACCAGAAAUUGGUAAGUAUCAGGACGUAAUAGUAAAGAGUGAGAACAAAUUGGAAAACACUCAAACACAUUCAAAAGCGUAUUCAAAUGUGGUGGCUUCAGAUACAGAAUUAAAAACACGUGUGACAUGGUCAGCACACAAGGAGACACCACUAGAUACAUCUCAAACCAAUGUAAUACUGAAGUGCUUGUCUCCAGAAAAAAACUGGGUAAUCAGUGACUGUGAACUGCUCGUUGGGAGUAACCCCACUGGAAAUCCUACAGCAGAAGACACUAGAACAGAAAUGUCGUAUGACAACGUACAGGUCACAAGUCAUCCUGGAAAAGGAUGCACAUUGCCAGUGAUGUACAAGUCACUAGAGGCAUGUACCUCCCUGAGUUAUUAUUGCUCAUCAACUCUGCCAGCAGGCUGUGUCCUGCCAGUGGGUGGUAACUUUGAGAUCUUGUUACAUUACUAUCUUGUCAACUAUGCCAAACAAUGUCAGCAAUCAGCUGAAGCCACGGUCAGUAUGCUAAUAGCUAAUGCACUUUUAGGCAUCCCUAAGACCCUUUACAAGCCUAAGAAUGGGAAGGACAGCUUUCCACAAAUAUACAUGCGAUCUCUCCAUGCACUGCAGACCUGUCAACCUAUGGUAAGUGGUCAGUCAGGCUUGGAGCCAGUAGCUGGUAAGUACCAGUUAAUAGCUUCAGUUAUUCAGUGUUUAGCAAAAAUACUAACUGUGGAUUUAGUAAUCAAUAUUAAGAGACAGCCUCAGAAAAUUGGUGACCAAGAUUCAGAAGAUGAACUUGAACACUAAGCGUUUUUGUUGCUCAAACUUUGACUCUGGGGUCAGGGAGAAGGCAAACAGAAGACCUGUGGUCAAGGCCCAGGGCCCACUGGGUAGAAGAACAGGAUGGAGUCUGGAGGAUUGUUCUGUGUCCUACACACACAUUCACAGAUGGAAGCACUAAACGUUAGGAAACAGAUGUAUUCAACUCAAGCUAAAAAUUCAAACAAGCCGCCUUUAAUCCCAGUACUCAGGAGGCAGAGGCAGGUAGAUCUCUGUGAGUUCGAGGCCGGGCUGGACCGACAGCCUUCAAAACAAUACAGAGAAACCCUGACUCGUGAAAACAAACAAACAAACAAACAAAAAAACAAAUUCAAACAGGCUUCUGGCUGACGGAAGUCAAUCCAGUCUUCACCCUAAGUCCAUUGAGGCCACCUGACCAUUAAUUAGCAUCCCUGUGGAACCAAACCUGGUUAAAUAUGUUCCUUCCUAUGUUAUAUAUCUGUUUCCGGUCUCUGUCUAAGGGAGCAUGUCUCUGUAUUCCCUUUUCUGUAUUUUCCCCCACUUCAUUCCCUUGAGCGUUCUGUAUUUCAUAGAGUCAUGUAAUCUCCCGUUUGAAAGAGGUCUUCAGAUGCCAUCUCACAUUGUUUAUGAACGCAAAUUAAUGUUACAUUUAAAACAAUUUUUCUGUGGGUGAAAUCUGUAAAGCAGUAAAUAAAAGCCACAUCUUCUCUGUAAAA